GUGCGGGUGCCAGGCCGCAUUUGAGUGCGCAAGAGAAAUUUCGCCCUGGUUCGGGUUCGUUUUUGUUUUUUUUUUGCACGGCGAGUGUACUUACUAUGAGUGUGCUUACCAUGACAACGCUGGACCGGCCCGCCGCGCUCAUCGUGCUAGUUUACUGCUCUCUGUUCAGAGUACAACAAGAAAAAGUCCAUGAUCUACAGGACCCACGAGCAAACCAGUAUACUUCAUCUACACGACGAGAACUUCAGAGAAAAACACCAUGUCCACCACCGCCCGUUCAGCGAACGCCGCGAAGCUCGGAUUCUCUCGCGACGUUCUGGAAGGCAUAUCAAAUGCAAGUAUGUCUGGGUCUGGAAGAUUGCGAGAUUUGUCAUGCUGCUUUGGCAUGACUCUGCACUCUGUAUUGCGUGGCCACAAAGCGGUCCUCUUGUCUGUCAUGCAAAAGCGCAGUUCCUCAUGACAUGCGAAAUAAGCAGCACAGAAGCACGGAAAAACUUGUCAUGCUUGGCGGCGCAUUACAGAGCACUUAUUGUUCAUGGACUUGCAUCACAAGUUUCCAGAUCCAGACAUAUUUGCAAUGGAUAAGGCAAGGUCGCGAUCAUUUCCGGCUCAACCCGCGGCAUCGGCCGGGAAUGCGCUUUGGCGUUGGCCAGGGAGGUAUCAAAUGCAAAUAUGUCUGGGUCUGGACACUUGUAAUGCUGAAUGGUCAUGAUUGACUGUGCUUUUAAGUGCAGCGCAGCAUGACAAAUUUUUCCAACGCUUUCUCAUGCGCAGAACGCAUUACAAACUGCGCUUUUGCAUGACGAAAGUGUGGCGCUUGAUUUGCUGCUUAUGCAAUACAAAUUUUUCAGACAUGCGAGACACGCAAUACAGGUUCGAACUUUCCAGACCCAGACAUUUAUGCGAUGCAUACGAGGGAUGUCGAAUUGUCGUCGCGGGCAAGUCUUUGAAGUCGACACCCGAAUAUCCUGUGCAAAAGUAUCGUACUCGUAGUCAUCGCAGCUAUGCAUUACAAAUCUAGUUGGUUAGGUAAAUCCGCAUUGCAAAUUUAAUUUGUAAUGCUGAGCCAACUUGUAUUGCGAUUUGUACUAGUACGAUACUUUUGCAGUGCAUACCGAACUUCCAGGGUCGAUUUACUCCGUUGCGGAUGAAGUACGGGCGUGCGGGUCGGAGGCGAUUAGUGUGCAGGUAUUUGUAGGAGAUUUGAAUUUGUUUAUGCAUAAAACCCAUGUAGUUGUAGUACAAGUAUGUGAACAAGUGCUGUUCUUUCUCUUUGUCAUGCAGUUGACUUCAACCUCUUCUAAAGUGUAAUUGUGUACUAUAAUCCUCGCAUUGAACAUAAUUUCUACAGCUCGACGUCCUUUCCGAAGAGUCCAUCAUCAAAUGUGUGGAAGCCGCCGUGGAGAAAUGGGGCCGCGUGGUAUCAAAUGCAAAUAUAUCUGGGUCCGGAAAGGUGGAGCUUGUGAUGCUGCGUUUGGAUUCCAAAAAAAUCUGUAUUGCCUGAGCAGCAUGUAGGAGUCUAGUUUUUGUUAGUUACGCGGACAGGGCACUUCUCAUGCCCGACAGGCAUCAAGAAGCACUCAGAAUCAAGUCUGUGAUGCUAGGGAAUACCUCACAGACAUCAAGGAGCAUGUAGAUCCUGCAUGACAAGUCUCGUAUUCUUCCAAAGAUGAACCCAGAGAUACUUAUUUGCAAUGCAUAGGUGGACAUCUGCGUCAACAACGCCUCCGCGCUUUGGUGGCAGACCAUCAAUUAUCAAAUGCAAAAGUGUCUGGGUCUGGAAACUUGUGAUGCUGGGUGGCGUAUCAUGAGGAGGCCACAAGGGCUGGCUCAGCAUGACAAGCUUCUGAGCUUCUAGGUGUUGCCUAUUCUGCAUGACAAACUGCGUUUCUGCAUGACAGAAAAAUGGCGCUCUUGGGUAAGGUGCAUGACAGAUUUGAGAGUCAUGCCAGACAAGCAUGACAAACAUGCACUCUUCCAGACCCAGACAUUUUUACAUUUGAUAUCAACGACACCCCGUCGAAAAAAUACGACCUGAUAUGCAUUGCAAAAGUAUAACGUGCUAGUAUGAAUAGCAUCACAAAGUCGCUCAGCAUUAGAAAUGGAAUUUGUAUAAUACUGUUUUACUUUUACCUUAGGAAGAAGAUCAUUUGUCAUGCAUGUUUGCAAUUAGUACGAUUGCGAUGCUUUUGCAGUUCAUACCUGAUCACCCGGCUGAACACCCGCGGGUCCUUCCUGCUCACCAAGCACUGCCUGCCCCACAUGCGCAAGAACAAAUUUGGGCGCGUGAUCUGCAUGAGUCCGCCAAUUGAGUUGGAGAAAGAAGCGUACAAAGUAUGGCCCUCUCAAACGUUACAUUCUCAGCUGGUGUUACAUGGAUUUGUAAUGCUAGAACAGCAACAGUGAAAGUGGCAAGAUUGAAGCUUUCGCAUUACAGAUUAUUUUCCACAGAUUAUCAUGCUGCUUAGCCCUUCGAAAAUUUGUCAUGCGAAGCACCUUGAUCAAGUGGAGGCUGAUGGCAAUUUUGCAUGACGAAUCCGUGUAACAGUUGAGAAUGUAACAGUUGAAAAUGCCAUAGAAAGGGCUUUGCGCGUACAACAUCAGCAAGAUGGGGAUGACGAUGGUAGCGCUAGGUGCGGCGGCCGUAUGAGAAUGCAGCACAACUCCCCGUUCCCUCAUUUGUCAUGCAAAAUACCAAAUCCAAGCGCUGCCGUGUGGUUGUACUGUUUGCAUGACAAAGUCCGGAAGCCCAAACAGUACUACACUAGGGACAUAAAAAAUUUCUCAUGCAUAGGCUCCGCGUGUGCUGGUGUUUGUAUUGCUGUUCAUGCCAUAGCCAUGCAAAUGAGGGGGAGGGGGAGUUGUGCACUGUUAUAGGCCGAGGGCGUGGACGAUAACAUCCUCGCGAACAGCUUGUGGCCCGCCACGGUCAUCGAAUCCCAAGCCAGUAUCAACUUCGACUUGGGUGAUAAGAAGUUGUGGCGGAAAGCGACCAUCCUCGCGGACGCCACGGUGAGUCUGUGUUGCGAUCAGGAAACAACCGGACAGAUGCUGAUCGAUGAUGAAUACUUGACGGAAGUCAGAGGAUUGACGAAAGACGAUUUGAAAACCUACCGAUACGACCCCAAUACUGACCCGCCGCGGCUCCUUGCGGAGAAAACCGGGUCCAUGGUGACACGCGGGGACGUGCGGAAAGUGAAGCAGGAGAGGAGAACUGAUGAUUUUGAGAAGGCGAAAAAUAAAAGCAAAUUGUAAAGGUCUUGUUGCAAAGACACCGAUAAAUUUUUUCUAAUAUGCAUGUAAUGUUUUCCGUGUGAAGACUACAUGAUACAUUAUAGAUCGAUCUUCUUCUUCAGCGCAGUCUUUGAUGUGCUAGUACUUCUUCAAGGUCUUCCUCUUAAGCGCAACUACGCCUUGAUCGAUGAAACGAAAACAGC